AUGCACCGAUCAUCUCCCGGAGAUACACCACCACCAAACUGCCUUCACGGUUGCUUCUCGUCUACACCAUUCCACGGCGGCGAUACGUCCGACCAUCCGCCAGAAUCAACCCCCACCGUCACUUCCGCCACUCUCCGCCGUGAUUUUGCUCAAACCACCGCCUCCACCAUUUUCCCGGACACCCAAUUCACCGACCCAAAUUCUCUCCCUUCCCUUCAAGAAUCCUUCUCCGAUUUCAUCCAAGCUUACCCUAAAUACUCCGACACUUACAAGAUCGACCACAUCAGAUCCGACCACUACUUUCACUUAAGUUUAACACACUACACGUGUCUUGAUUACAUAGGGAUUGGUUUAUACUCUUACUCGCAGUUACUCAACUACGACCCUUCCACUUACCAGAUCUCCUCUUCCUUGUCUGAAAGUCCCUUCUUUAGUGUCUCUCCCAAGAUCGGUAACUUCAAGGAGAAGCUUCUCCACGAUGGAGGUCAAGAAACAGAGUUUGAGUACUCGAUGAAGAGAAGAAUCAUGGGUUUUCUCAAAAUCUCCGAAGAAAAUUACUCAAUGGUCUUCACCGCCAAUAGAACAUCUGCUUUCAGGCUCGUCGCCGAGUCAUAUCCGUUUAACUCCAAACGGAAGCUUUUGACGGUUUACGACUACGAGAGCGAGGCUGUUAAUGAAAUCAACAGAGUCUCUGAGAAACGUGGGGCCAAAGUAGCUGCAGCGGAGUUCUCAUGGCCAGGGCUGAGAAUCUGUUCGUCCAAGCUGAGGAAGAUGGUAACCGGUGGGAAAAACGGAGGCAAUAAGAAGAAUAAGAAGGGUAUUUUCGUCUUUCCGCUUCAUUCUAGGGUUACGGGAUCUAGGUAUCCGUAUCUAUGGAUGAGUGUGGCUCAAGAAAACGGGUGGCAUGUGAUGAUCGAUGCUUGCGGUUUGGGACCAAAAGAUAUGGACAGCUUCGGUCUUUCGAUAUAUAAUCCUGAUUUCAUGGUGUGUUCGUUCUACAAGGUGUUUGGAGAAAACCCUUCUGGAUUUGGUUGCUUGUUCGUCAAGAAAUCCACUAUUCCGAUUCUUGAAUCUUCCACUGGCUCAGGUAUGGUCAACCUCGUACCUACCGAUGAUCCGAUUUCAUUACAAGCGUUAGAAAUCAACCGGACACAAACGGAAUCGGAGGAAACACUAACAAAUAGCUUUAGUUCUAGAAUGGAAUUCAGAGGCCUAGAUCAUGUGGACUCACUUGGGUUGGGAGCAACAGGGAACAGAUCAAGAUGUUUGAUCAAUUGGUUGGUAAGUGCUCUCUACAAACUCAAACAUUCAACUAAAAUUCGGCUCGUUAAAAUCUACGGUCCAAAAGUUAAUUUCAAUAGAGGACCAGCGAUUGCGUUCAAUCUAUUCGACCAAAAGGGAGAGAGAAUCGAACCUUUUGUGGUGCAGAAGCUGGCCGAUUGUAGCAAUAUCUCACUAGGAAAAGGUUUCUUGAAGAAAAUCUUGUUCGAAGAGGAGUACGAAGGAGUGAAAGAUAGAGUUCUUGAGAAAAGAAAGAACGAGCAGGGGAUUUCUGUUCUCACUGCUGCGUUAGGGUUUCUUGCGAAUUUCGAAGAUGUUUAUAAGCUUUGGAUUUUCGUUGCCCGGUUUUUGGAUUCAGAGUUUGUGGAGAAGGAGAGUGUGAGAUGUGGAGUUCAUGCCUUUGAACAGAAGAGCCGUGAAGUAGUGUAGUUUGUAGCUUAGUUUAGGCUCUGU